AGUGGCAUCGGCAGCGGCGAGGGCUCUGGAGCUCGGGCUGCCCUCUUGGUGCUUGAGGACCACGGCGGUGGUGGCAGUGUCGGCGACGAGGGCGGCGGACUCCUGGCGGGCGGAGAAGCCUCUUCUCGGCCCAGAUUCUUUAAUGAUGAAUGGGUCCAAUGUUGCCAACACAACACCCAAUGCAAAAUCCAAAGAGGACCAGGUAGUGAAUGGGCGUGAUGAGAAGGAAAACAACCCCUUUGCUGAGUACAUGUGGAUGGAGAACGAAGAGGAUUUCAAUAGACAGGUAAAGGAAAGUGUGGAGGAAGAACUUGAGGAACAAGAAUUCUUGGACCGAUGCUUCCAGGAGAUGCUGGAUGAAGAAGACCAGGACUGGUUCAUUCCCUCUCGAGACCUGCCUCAAGGCAUCGGGCAGCUCCAGCAGCAGCUCAACGGACUUUCUGUCAGUGACAGUCACAGUUCAGAAGAUAUCUUGAGCAAAAGUAACCUGAAUCCCGAUGCCAAGGAGUUUAUUCCAGGAGUGAAGUACUGAAUCUUCCCGAAACCUUUCAGGAGGACUUGUGGGGCCCUUUUUCCAGGGACAAGACUGCACAAAGAGGC